AUUCCAUGGAGCWACCCACUUCCGGUUACAAAGGCAGAACUUUUGAUCGUUCACUACCAAAUCAUUUCUAUAUAGUAGGAAGGAAUUAGUGGGAUAUUUUCUUGAAUAACAUAGCAGAAAUACCUUGAGUCAUCCUUUCAAUUAAUUUCUAAAACACUCUUCGUGUGCACAAUUUAUACUUACCGGAAGUGCACCUUGAUUCAGAAAAAUAUGUUUAUUAGAAUAAUUCAUCAAAAGGCACUAUCCAUAAAGCAAUGUACUAAUUUGUUAGAAAAUAUUCUACUUAGAAUACCAAUGUUUUGAUAUGUAAAUGUACUAUUUACACAAAGCAAGAUUUGAUUGGUUGACUGUCAGGGCAAAUGUUGUUCCCUGCGUUACUCUUGUGUCUGUCACAAUCAGCACCGCUAGCCUUGUGUUUUKAAAUAGUCACAGGUCAAGCUAGAAAAUUGUUCUUUGAAAGCUUUAAGCAAAAUACUCGUCUCUAACWYUAGUACAAUGGAUCUUAAAGAUUUGGUGGAAAGUACAGAAGAUGUUCCUUUUGUGUACGUUUUAUCAGCUGAUCUCGUGAUGCUCAGAGAGAGAACUCGCGACAAGAAGAAACAGUAUGCGUUUGUGUUCAAAGUUGAGUGGUCAGAUAGUUCAAGUACAGUAGUUUGGAGGAGUUACAGCGAGUUUUUUGAGCUUCAAUGUCUUUUGUUGAACAGUUUUCCUGUAGAAGCAGGCAACAAAAACAAAGCGAGAAUCAUUCCACACUUACCUGGAAGAGAAAUAUUUAAAAAGAGUGAUAUACAACUUGCAGAAAAGCGCAAACCCAGAAUCUCGCAAUACGUGAAAGAGUUGCUUCUUCUACCAGCUCACAUCUCCCAAGGAUCUCUUGUAGUUUCAUUCUUUAAUAAAAGAAGAGGAGAUCCAGAAUCUUUUAAUCAGUUUCCUUCUCAUCUCAAUAGCAAGCUGGAAUUUGACCAAGGACUUCAAAUGGACACAAAUAGAGUUACGAACAAUGUGGAUGAAUACUUGACAGUGGACAAUAUAUUGAAUGGACAAAUUAAUGUAUCAUUUGAUAAAUCACUUAGCUUAGGUCGCCAAUCCCUGUCAGAUAGGUGAUGAUUUUAGGAGAUUGAAGGAUGAGUGAGGGAGUAAACAUCCUUCAGAUCACAUCAAAUUUUUAGUAAAUUUGUGAAAAUCUUGGGAAUAUUUGUGCUUAAAAACAAUUGAAACUCUGGGUCAUGCAUUUGUAGCUUUGAGCUAAAUGCCCAUCCACUCCUGAGAGUUUUUAUCUAAGUUUUACUUGUUUUAGUGGUACAUAAAAGAAAACCCACCAAUGGUCACAUACAAUUGCCAGCAGUGAGUCAUAUAUUUGAGUUGUGCAAUUCUUAUUUAAGACUUUUACCUAUGAUACUUUUCCCUGUUUUUCAUCUCCUACUAGGACAAGUCCAAUUCCCAGGUUAUACUGUCAAUUAGAACUGAUUUAAAUACAUUUUUGUCAAAUAUAGAUCCGAAUUCCAUUCUCUUACCCAGUCUUACCAAACCUCAGUUUCCUAGGCAACUUUUCCAUUAAAAGUAUUAUAAGAA